AAUGUUUUGAAAAAGCUUGUGUUGAUGAGACAAUGGUUUCGCUUGGUGAGAUAAAUCGAGAUACUGGGGUACUAGAAUGGAAGGAUUUUCCAUCUACACAUGACCUACAGAAACACUUGCGGACGGUGUUCAACAAAAAGAGCGAUCAUUAUGGGUUUUGUUUUAUUAAAUGUGCAAUCGACACUAAACAAUUAGCUCAGCAACUACUUGUUGUACCACCUUUUAUUCGACCUAAUAAGAAUGAUUUAUAUUCGCUAUCAAAAUUUAAUAUUAAUAUCAUGCUUAUCGAUUCCGUCUCACACAGUCAUUUCCUUCGCUCCAUGCCGACAACUCUCAAAAGACUUCGAUUAAUUCAGAAAACAUCAACAUCAGUAUUUAAUUUUGAAUUAUUUCAGUCGUUAAAAGGUAGAACUUAUGAAAACUUGCAGGCAAUGGUUUCUGGUGUGUUGUAUGAUGACGAGAGACCGUAUAUAGAGCCAGAAUUACCACCUGUGCCUAUGUAUCCAGAACGUUUGUUAGCCGGAUUCAAAAAGCAAGCAUACGAAACCAUGUACACGGAAGACAUUUGUUGGACUUGGAGAACAGGACUUGUUAAAAAUCUUCUAGCAUUUAUGCCAAAAGGCAACAUUACAACCAGAUGGCAACGUUUGAAUAUGAAGUUGGAAAAAGCCAAGAUUGAUCGCAUAGAUAUGACAUUAUCAAGUUGUGAGAUUUCAAAUUAUAAUCAUAUAUAUCUACCAUUUUUUGGACCUCCUGCAGUAUGCUACAACGGGCAAUAUCAACACCAUUAUAUAUUGGAUUACUUAAGUAAACGACAGAAGUCUUUAGAAGCAAACCAUCGGUCGUUUUUUCAUAGCACUUUGCUUAACGUUGCUCAUGAUGAUCAUGGUCGUCGUAUACAGACUCUAGAUGACAAUUUAGCAGAGUAUUUAACAAUUAUUUCUAAAUUAAACAACACACUUACAAUUGUUCUCUCUGAUCACGGGAAUACUUACGGUGAAUACCUUGAGAGAAGUGAAGAAGCUAGUGUGGAAAUGUUCCAUCCGGUCUUAUUUAUGGUCGUUCCACAUGGCGUUGCCAAAACAUUGGGAGAAAAGCGUAUGAAUGCCCUAAAGGUGAACCAACAGCGUCUAGUAAGUAUUUUGGACAUCCAUUAUGCUCUGAGGGUUUUAAGCGAAGGAAAACUAGACAAAUUAGAUGAAAAACACCAGAAAUAUUCAAUUAAGGCUGAUUUAAUCUUCUCAGAGAUAGAAUCAAACAGAUCAUGUGAUAGCAUUCCUAGAAUUGAUCCAAAUAUCUGCAUCUGUGAGGGUUAUGAAUACACUGCAGACAAUAAUGCAAGUUACGCGGUGAUGGCGGAAUUCGCUCUUGGUUCCAUCAACAACGAAAUACAGCAGCAAUUUCGCAAAUCGAAUCCAGAUGCUAUCAGAGGCUUUGGCUCCUGUCAACGACUAGUGGCACACGAUUUUGGCAACAUAAAACAAAGGGAAAAUGAGUUUGGAGAUCGUGAAGUUAAAAUGAAUUUAUAUAUUCCCAACCCGGAUGAGUUAAAGUUUAUGGAAAUCCUUAUGGUGACUUUGCUAGUUUCUCGGAAAGACAAUGGAAGCAUGCAUUUAGUGAGGUAUAAACGCAUAACAAAAUAUAGUCCCUUUGAAGGAUGCGUCGACAAAGGUGUUUCAAUCCAGUUAUGCGUUUGCUCAUUAAAGAAAGAUCGGAAUCAUAUUAAUCUGAAAGAAAUGCCUGAUUUCAGAAACUAUCCAGAAAUCUUCGGCAGCAGAACAUUACUUAAGCCAGUACAUAAGCAGUGUUUAUUUAUUUUCAAAAGAAAAAACAAAGCAGGAGUUGUUCUGGAAGCAGCAAAUCUGUGUAUGAAUAAAAAGUAUACAAUAAAACUGGAUAUAAUUACAGAAAACAUGGCAUUAAGCUCACGGUCAUCGGUGAAAGCUGACCUUUGGCCAGGAAUGAUGUCAUUUCUUGUUACGAUGCUCCAGACGUCAUUAGAUUGGGAUUAUAAGUAUACAGUGAAAUAUGAUUUGGUAGACGUUAUGAAAUAAACAUUUACUUAUUGAAAAUUAAUAUAAUAAUGGUAACUUUGAUAAUAAU